CUUGUGUUCCUCGCUUUUCCUUCCGUCUUGACCUCGGCGGACUUAUUCAGUUGUGGCUCUCUCUCUUUAACGGAAGCGUGUGGAAGACAUUGCGGAAGUGGGGGCGGGGUUAGUUCUUUCUCGUUCUGGCGGCUGAAAGAAGAUGACAAAAGGAACAUCAUCUUUUGGCAAGCGCCGCAACAAGACACAUACUUUGUGUCGGCGAUGUGGAUCCAAGGCCUACCAUCUCCAGAAGUCCACCUGUGGAAAAUGUGGAUACCCUGCUAAACGCAAGAGAAAGUAUAACUGGAGUGCUAAGGCCAAAAGGCGCAAUACUACUGGGACUGGCCGCAUGAGGCAUCUAAAAAAAGUCUACCGAAGAUUCAGGAAUGGAUUCCGUGAAGGAACAACGCCAAAGCCCAAGAGAGCUGCUGUUGUGGCUUCCAGCUCAUCUUAAGGACUCAGAUGUUGAUUUGAAAUAAAUGGCUACUCUACAAAAACAAAA